CCGGCCAUGGCCCCCGCCCGGGCCCGCCUGUCCCCCGCUCUCUGGGUCGUCACGGCCGCGGCGGCGGCCACCUGCGUGUCCGCGGGGCGCGGCGAAGUGAACUUGCUGGACACAUCGACCAUCCACGGAGACUGGGGCUGGCUCACGUAUCCCGCUCAUGGGUGGGACUCCAUCAAUGAAGUGGACGAGUCCUUCCAGCCCAUCCACACGUACCAAGUGUGCAACGUCAUGAGUCCCAACCAGAACAACUGGCUGCGCACGAGCUGGGUGCCCCGUGAUGGCGCCCGGCGUGUCUAUGCCGAGAUCAAAUUCACUCUCCGUGACUGCAAUAGCAUUCCCGGUGUGCUGGGCACCUGCAAGGAGACCUUCAACCUCCACUACCUGGAGUCUGACCGGGACCUGGGCGCCAGCACACAAGAGAGCCAGUUCCUCAAGAUUGACACCAUCGCAGCUGAUGAGAGCUUCACAGGUGCAGACCUGGGCGUGCGGAGGCUCAAGCUGAACACGGAGGUGCGUGGCGUGGGCCCACUCAGCAAGCGCGGCUUCUACCUGGCCUUCCAGGACAUAGGCGCCUGCCUCGCCAUCCUCUCACUCCGAAUCUACUACAAGAAGUGCCCAGCCAUGGUGCGCAACCUGGCGGCCUUCUCGGAGGCAGUGACCGGGGCCGACUCUUCCUCGCUGGUAGAAGUGCGAGGCCAGUGUGUGCGGCACUCGGAGGAGCGUGACACACCCAAGAUGUACUGCAGUGCCGAGGGCGAGUGGCUGGUGCCCAUCGGCAAGUGCGUAUGCAGCGCCGGCUACGAGGAGCGGCGCGAUGCCUGUAUGGCCUGUGGGCUGGGCUUCUACAAGUCAGCCCCUGGGGACCAGCUGUGUGCCCGAUGCCCACCCCACAGCCAUUCUGCCACCCCUGCGGCCCAGACCUGCCGUUGUGACCUCAGCUACUACCGUGCAGCCUUGGACCCACCAUCAGCAGCUUGCACCCGGCCACCCUCAGCACCAGUGAACCUGAUCUCCAGUGUGAAUGGAACGUCUGUGACCCUGGAGUGGGCCCCUCCCCUGGAUCCAGGCGGCCGCAGUGACAUCACCUACAAUGCAGUGUGCCGCCGCUGCCCCUGGGCCCUGAGCCACUGUGAGGCUUGUGGGAGCGGAACCCGCUUCGUCCCACAGCAGACGAGCCUGGCGCAGGCCAGCCUGCUGGUGGCCAACCUGGUGGCCCACAUGAACUAUUCCUUCUGGAUUGAGGCAGUCAACGGCGUGUCCAACCUGAGCCCCGAGCCCCGUAGCGCUGCUGUGGUCAACAUCACCACGAACCAGGCAGCCCCGUCCCAGGUGGUGGUGAUCCGGCAGGAGCGGGCUGGGCAGACCAGCGUGUCACUGCUGUGGCAGGAGCCAGAGCAGCCCAACGGCAUCAUACUGGAGUACGAGAUCAAGUACUACGAGAAGGAUAAGGAGAUGCAAAGCUACUCUACCCUCAAGGCUGUCACCACUCGUGCCACCGUGUCAGGCCUCAAACCAGGCACUCGCUACGUGUUCCAGGUCCGAGCCCGCACUUCAGCAGGCUGUGGCCGUUUCAGCCAGGCCAUGGAGGUGGAGACCGGGAAACCUCGGCCCCGCUAUGACACUCGGACCAUCGUCUGGAUCUGCCUGACUCUCAUCACUGGCCUUGUGGUGCUCCUCCUGCUUCUCAUCUGCAAGAAGAGGCACUGCGGCUACAGCAAGGCUUUCCAGGACUCGGAUGAAGAGAAGAUGCAUUACCAGAAUGGGCAGGCACCCCCACCCGUCUUCUUGCCCUUGAACCACCCCCCGGGGAAGUUCCCAGAAACCCAAUUCUGUGCAGAGCCCCACACCUAUGAGGAGCCAGGUCGGGCAGGCCGCAACUUCACCCGAGAGAUAGAAGCAUCCAGGGUCCACAUCGAGAAGAUCAUAGGCUCGGGGGAGUCGGGAGAAGUGUGCUACGGCCGCCUGCAGGUGCCAGGCCAGCGGGACGUGCCUGUGGCCAUCAAGGCCCUCAAAGCUGGCUACACGGAGAGACAGCGACAAGACUUCUUAAGUGAGGCAGCCAUCAUGGGCCAAUUUGAUCACCCUAACAUCAUCCGCCUUGAGGGUGUUGUCACCCGUGGCCGCCUUGCAAUGAUUGUGACUGAGUACAUGGAAAACGGCUCCCUGGAUGCCUUCCUCAGGACCCACGAUGGCCAGUUCACCAUCAUGCAGCUGGUGGGCAUGCUCAGAGGGGUGGGCGCCGGCAUGCGCUACCUCUCAGACCUGGGCUACAUUCACCGUGACCUGGCCGCCCGCAACGUCCUGGUAGAUGGCCGUCUGGUGUGCAAGGUGUCAGACUUUGGGCUCUCAAGGGCUCUGGAAGACGACCCUGAAGCGGCCUACACCACCGCGGGAGGGAAGAUUCCUAUUCGAUGGACUGCGCCCGAGGCCAUUGCCUUCCGCACUUUCUCCUCAGCCAGCGAUGUGUGGAGCUUUGGUGUGGUCAUGUGGGAGGUGCUGGCCUAUGGCGAACGGCCUUACUGGAACAUGACCAACCAGGAUGUCAUCAGCUCGGUGGAGGAAGGUUAUAGGCUUCCAGCACCCAUGGGCUGCCCACGCGCCCUGCACCAACUCAUGCUGGACUGCUGGCACAAGGACCGCGCCCAGCGGCCUCGCUUCUCUCAUGUCGUGAGCGUUCUGGAUGCCCUGAUCCACAGCCCUGAGAGCCUCAGGGCCACAGCCACAGUUAGCAGGUGUCCACCCCCUGCCUUUGCCAGGAGCUGCUUUGACCUCCGAGGGGGCGGAAGUGGCAAUGGGGACCUCACUGUCGGGGAUUGGCUGGACUCCAUCCGAAUGGGCCGGUACCGGGACCACUUCGCAGCCGGCGGGUACUCCUCCCUUGGCAUGGUGCUUCGUAUGAAUGCCCAGGAUGUGCGUGCCCUCGGCAUCACCCUCAUGGGCCAUCAGAAGAAGAUCCUUGGAAGCAUCCAGACCAUGAGGGCCCAGCUGAGCAGCACUCAAGGGCCACGCCGGCACCUCUAACUCAUUGCCACUUGGUCCUGGUCAUAGCAGCUGUCAUGGGUUCUGUGGGACCCGUCAGCAGUCAGGGUAGCUCCCAAAGAUCUGCCACAGGUUCUAGAGUUACUAGGACAAGGUCCUUGGUGCUCCAGGUGGAGAGGACACCUGCCUUCUGAAGGCAUAGGACCUUGUGUCUUCCAGAGCCCGGGGCCUCUGACAUCAGAAGCCAACAGUGACAUCAUUCACCUAGCUGUGUGUGCAUGCAUGCGUGUAGGUGAUGGUAAGGGUGUGCUCCGCAAGGUCCUGGCAGCUGGUAGAAACAAUGUGUGCAAAUGUCUCUGUUCCCCUUCAGGCCCCAGCACAGAUGUGUGCAGGUUACCACGUGUGUGCUUAUCUACUAGGGGAGGAGCCACGUGUGUGUGACCACAGAUAAUGCAUCAUGAAUGAGGAGGCAUGACAGAGUGUGAGCAGGGAAUCUGAGCUGAUGCUGUCCAGUUCCCAGUACCUGUACGGAUCAGACAGAGGCUCACAUCUGCUCCCCACCCCACCCCAUCACCCCCCCCCC